UUAUAUGAUCCCUUCAACUGCCUUCCGUCAAAAGUGACGGAAUCUCUGAUCUCAGAGACCGCUGCAAAAAAUCAGAGAGAGAGCGAGGGGAGAUGAGAUGAGAUGGAGGGAGGCUUUGCCACCCAAGAAUUUCUUCAGAAAAGCACCGAGAUCGCUGAGCAGCAUAGAUUUUCUGAAUUCUAUCUGCAGGCAAUGAAGGCUUCUUGGUGACAAUUGAAUCGCUGGUUUCCGACUUUGGAUCCCUUAUUUGAGAUAAUAACUUGAGAAUUGUAAGUUGUAAAGUGCGGUUUUGAGGUUCAAGUUGGUUCCUGUAAGGGGAUAGCGACAUACAUGGUCAAAUACCGGUAUCAUUAUGUAGUAUAAACUGAGAGGGGAGGGGAAAAACUGUGCUGAUAAGGAUACCAAGAUAUGGGUUUUUUGGAACUCUUUAUCACUGCAACGGUGCCGGUUAUGAAUGUUCUUCUGGUGACUGGUGUUGGAUCAUUUCUCGCAACAAGUAAUGUUGGAAUUCUGAGCGAAGAUGCAAGAAAGCAUUUGAAUAAUGUCGUGUUUUUUGUAUUUAAUCCAGCUCUUGUGUCAACCAAUUUGGCUCGAACAAUCACUAUGGAGAGCAUGGUUUUAUUGUGGUUUAUGCCAAUCAAUAUCCUUCUCACCUUCAUUGUCGGUUCAUUAUUUGGAUGGCUUGUCAUCCAAAUCACCAGAGCUCCUACCAAUUUGAGGGGCCUUAUUUUGGGCUGUUGUGCAGCUGGAAAUUUGGGCAAUAUGCUUCUCAUUAUUGUCCCUGCUAUUUGUAAAGAAAAAGGCAGUCCUUUUGGUGCUUCCGAUGUUUGUCAUACGUAUGGCUUAGCAUAUGCUUCUCUCUCGAUGGCUAUUGGCGCAAUCUUUCUGUGGUCUUAUGUCUACAAUAUUGUGCGGGUAUCUUCAGGUGCUGCAAAAGGCAAAAUGAAUACCAAUUUUCACCCUCAUAGGAUGGAGUUUCCAGAAGGAAGCACAAGGUUAUUUCCAGGGAGCUGCACAGAUGGGGCAAUUACAACUUAUAACUGUUCCACAUCUAGUCAUUAUGCAGAUGAAAGCACACUUCCUCUAUCUAGGUCCAAUGAGUCCUCCACUAUGAAGGAGUCAGGACAAAAGAAGAAUAGGAAAAAAAAAUGGUUGGUAAAGGUACCAUUUUCAGUCAAAGCUCGAAAAUUGCUGUCAACGUUGUUAGGAGUAAUUGACUUAAAGAAAUUGUUUGCUCCUUCUACUAUUGGAGUGAUUGUUGGUUUCGUUAUUGGAGUCAUUCCUCAAAUUAGAAAAGCGAUGAUUGGUGAGGGUGCCCCUCUCCGUGUGAUUCAAGAGUCAGCUGCUUUGUUGGGUGAUGGAGCAAUUCCAACACUCACACUGAUAAUGGGUGGAAAUCUUAUCAAAGGCUUGCGAAGUUCAGGCAUCCGAUUGUCAAUUAUUAUUGGGGUUAUAGUUGUUCGGUAUAUCAUGUUGCCCCUAGUAGGCAUAGUUGUAAUUAAAGUGGCCAUUCGUCUGGGCCUGGUGCAUUCAGAUCCUUUAUAUCAAUUCAUUCUUUUGGUGCAAUAUGCACUUCCACCUGCGAUGAACAUUGGUACUAUUACUCAAUUGUUUGGUGCCGGUGAGAGUGAGUGCUCUGUCAUUUUUCUCUGGGCAUAUGCCCUGGCUUCAUUUUCACUCACCCUGUGGUCCACUUUUUUCAUGUGGCUCGUAUCAUGAUCAGUUUUAAGUUCAGGACAGGGGAUAAAAAGAAUAAUUCUUGGCAGCAUCAAACCCUAAGGAUCACACAUCAGGCUUCUCAUAGCUCCACAUAUUGAUUGUUUUUGUGGGAGGUGUUUUCAUGGAACAUGGUCUGAAAUGAAACCAAACAUGAAGCUGGUUCUCAAAAAGAAAUCAAAUAUGAAAGCAAAUCUGCGAAUACAAAAGUCAGAAAAUUGAAAGGAGUGCUAAUUCAACUGUAGCCACACCUCCUUCAUUGGGCUUUACCACAGUCAUAUGUAUUUUGAUUGGAAAAUUAAUGCCUUACUUUUUUUUUAAUUAUAAGUUUCUACCAUGUGAGUUGAAAAAAAGGAGAUUGUUGAUUUGGUCCAGACAUGAAGAAUAGUGGUUAUGGAAUAGCAUUUUCCCCUCA